AAUCACUUUUGUCUGCCUUUAAAUAAAGGCCAUUCUAGAGUUCCCAAAUGUAACAUAUCCUUAACAUAGAAAUCUCAUCAUCAGUAAAAUGUCUUCUUUCCGAUCCUUAGCUCUGCUUUUCUUUGUAGUUCUGCUUCAUGGGGGUUCAUUGUCAUAUGGCCAACUGAGUUCUACAUUUUACGAUGAAACUUGCCCCAAUGUGUCAAGCAUUAUACGUGGAGUUCUCGCAAAUGCUCUGCUCUCAGAUCCCAGAAUUGGAGCAAGUCUCAUUAGGCUUCACUUCCAUGACUGCUUCGUUAAUGGCUGUGAUGCUUCGAUUUUGCUGGACAAUAGUGACACCAUAGUGAGUGAGAAGGAAUCACUGGCUAACAACAACUCCGCGAGGGGUUUUGAUGUUGUUGAUGCAAUGAAGGCACAGUUGGAGACUGCUUGUCCUGCUACCGUCUCCUGUGCUGACAUUCUUGCAAUUGCAGCAGAAGAAUCAGUCUUUUUGGCAGGAGGCCCAUCCUGGCCAGUUUUGUUAGGAAGAAGAGAUAGCAGAACUGCAAACCGCACACUGGCUGAUAAUUUCCUUCCAGCUCCUACUGCAACCCUGGAUCAACUCAAAGCUAACUUCUUAGCUGUUGGACUUAACAAUAGCACAGAUCUGGUUGCGUUGUCGGGUGGUCACACAUUCGGACGGGCUCAAUGUAGAACAUUCACAGACAGACUGUAUAACUUUAGCGGCAGUGGAAAUCCUGACUCUACCCUGAACACAACCUACUUAGCAACAUUGCGCCAAUUAUGCCCUCAAGGUGGAAAUGGGAGUGUCCUGACAGAUCUCGAUCCCACGACACCUGAUGCCUUUGACAGCAACUACUUUACCAACCUUCAAGCUCAACAAGGUCUGCUUCAAAGUGAUCAAGAGUUGUUCUCCACUGCUGGGGCAGAUACCACUGAAAUUGUUAAUAGAUUUAGCAGCAACCAAACUGCAUUCUUCGAAAGUUUUGUUGAAUCUAUGAUAAGAAUGGGAAACAUCAUGCCUUUGACGGGUACUGAUGGGGAGAUUAGAUUGAAUUGCAGUGUUGUUAAUAGUGAUUCAAUCACAACUGCUAGAUCAAAUGAAGGGCUAGCUAGCUCCAUUUGAUUUGAUCAACAACAAAACUGCAAGGCUAAUAAAUAGCCAUCUUUUAUGCUUGUGUAUUUUGCUGAAUAUAAAUUAAUGAAUAAAGCUUGUUUGCAUCUAAUCAUCUUCAUGUUAUGCUGCCAAAUCAUUCUAGUUUACGAACAUUAAUCUAGCUGACAAGUUCAUUAAAUUCAAACUUUUAAUGUAGUUAAGAUUAGAUUAUUUAAAUCUUUAUAAUUAACAAGUGUAUUUAUUUUCUCAUGUCAAAAAACAAUUUUUUUUUCUCCAAUAAAGCUUGUUAAUGUUAUAUUUGAAUAUAAAACAAAUUGGACCGAGUCUCAACCUAGACAUUCUAAAGAUGUAAACAUAAGGGUUUAAUUUUGUCUAAUUUUGUUGUGUGAAUGAAGAAUGAAACCCAGAUUCCAAACUCUAAUAAAAUCAGCUUUUAAGAGGCUUUAAGGGAGGAAAAGUAAAACUAUAGAGAAAAAAUAAAAGUCACCUACAAUAUGAUUGUGACUGUGGUAGGGGACCAAAACAAUCUUAUGCCUGUUGAAUUUUUAGCCUCCUAGCUUGACUACUACGUUUCUAGAAUUUAAAACGGUUAAUUAAAACCAUGACAAUUUU